CGCGGACUCUAUAUAAGCCCUCGUGGCGAGGCGAGACACGCAUCAUCAUCCGUCGCCACCAUCUUGGAUCCAUCCAUCUCUCGCUCGCCUGCUAGCUAUAGCUCUUCCCUUCAUCUCACACAACACAACACAACAGCGCUUUCGUGUGAGAGGCUUUAAGCAAAUGGCGAGCGCUUUUAGCUCGAGCGGGGCUUGCGUGCUGCUGGCGCUGCUCCUGGUUCUCUUCGCCACCGGCGCGCCGACGGCGGCGGCGGCCGGCAGAGUCGACGACGGCCUGGAGGUGACGUGGGGCGACGGCCGCGGGAGCGUCUCGCCCGACGGCCAGGUGCUGUCGCUGUCGCUCGACCACACCUCCGGCUCCGGGUUCCGGUCCAAGGACACGUACCUCUUCGCGCGCGCCGACGCGCAGAUCAAGCUCGUCCCCAACAACUCCGCCGGCACCGUCACCACCUUCUACUUCAUCUCGGAGGGGCCAUGGGAUGUCCACGACGAGGUCGACCUCGAGUUCCUGGGGAACGUGAGCGGGCAGCCCUACACGCUGCACACCAACGUGUACGCCAACGGCAACGGCGGCAGGGAGCAGCAGUUCCACCUCUGGUUCGACCCCACCGCCGACUUCCACACCUACUCCAUCGAGUGGACGCAGCAGCACAUCCUCGUGCUGGUGGACGGGACGCCGAUCCGGGAGUUCAAGAACCACGCGGACCGGGGCGUGCCGUACCCGUCGUCGCAGCGGAUGCGCCUGUACGGCUCGCUGUGGGACGCCGAGGACUGGGCCACGCAGGGCGGCCGCGUCAAGACGGACUGGUCGCAGGCCCCCUUCGUGGCGCAGUACCGCAGCUUCACGGCCACCGCGACGCCGCCGGCGGCGGCGACCACAGCGGGGUACGGGCAGCAGAUGGACGCGGCGGCGCAGCAGUCGAUGAAGUGGGCGCGGGACAACUACAUGGUGUACGACUACUGCGCGGACACCAAGCGCUUCCCGCAGGGCGUCCCGCCGGAGUGCUCCAUGCCGUAGUAGGCGUAGAGAUGGGCUAAACCACGGUGCACUUUGAUUGCGAUGUCGAUCAGAGCACUACACGACGUACAGGUCAUACGCAUAGAUUAUAUAUAGUCUCAUUCAUUGUUUAUACCGAUCGAUUCUUUGGUGUGAAAGAAUAUUGUAGUAUAAUUCAUUUGGUUGGUUGCAAGAGGUCGUACCCAAGCUUCAGUUUCAGCGGGUUGGCCACGGGAACAGCUUUCUGCUUGUUGUUUA